CCCGAAUCCUCUCUCCCUUGGAGCCUUCCUUUGCUCCCUCCCAGCUCUCCUCCUGGCAAUCCUGCUGAAGCCCAGGAGCUCUGUGCACAGCAGGCUCAGGGCUCUGCCAUGCUGGGGCUCCUGCUCUUCCUCCUGCCCCUGGCACAAGCCACCACCGAGCACCCGGAGGGGGCCAUGCCCAACGCCUCCAACUUCUUCUGGGGCAACUACACUUUCUCCGACUGGCAGAACUUUGUGGGACAGCGGCGCUACGGGGCCGAGUCGCAGAAGCCCACCGUGAAGGCGCUGCUGGUGGUGGCCUACGCUGUCAUCAUCGUGGUCUCGCUCUUCGGCAACGUCCUGGUGUGCCAUGUCAUCUGCAGGAACCAGCGCGUGCUCUCGGCCACCAGCCUCUUCAUCGUCAACCUGGCCGUGGCCGACAUCCUCAUCACCCUCCUCAACACGCCCUUCACCUUGGCCCGCUUCGUGAACAGCACAUGGGUGUUCGGGAAGGGCAUGUGUCAUGUGAGCCGCUUCGCCCAGUACUGUUCCCUGCACGUCUCGGCGCUGACACUGACAGCCAUCGCCCUGGACCGCCACCAGGUGAUCAUGUACCCACUCAGGCCCCGCAUCUCCACCACCAAGGGGCUGGUCUAUGUGGUCGUCAUCUGGGCCAUGGCUGCCGCAUUCUCCCUGCCCCACGCCAUCUGCCAGAAGCUGUUUACCUUCAAGUACAGUGAGGACACUGUUCGUUCCCUGUGCCUGCCGGACUUCCCUGAGCCAGCUGACCUCUUCUGGAAAUACCUGGACCUGGCCACCUUCAUCCUCCUCUACCUGCUGCCCCUGCUCAUCAUCUCUGUGGCCUAUGCUCGGGUGGCCAAGAAGCUGUGGCGGUGCAACACCAUCGGCGAUGUGACCACAGAGCAGUACCUGACCCUUCGGCGCAAGAAGAAGACGACCAUCAAGAUGCUGACACUCGUGGUGGUCCUCUUUGCCCUCUGCUGGUUCCCUCUAAACUGCUACGUGCUCCUGCUGUCCAGCAAGGUGGUCCCCACCAACAACGCCCUCUACUUUGCCUUCCACUGGUUCGCCACCAGCAGCACCUGCUACAACCCCUUCAUCUACUGCUGGCUCAACGAGAGCUUCAGGGGGGAGCUGAAGGCGCUGCUGAGAAUGUGCCAGCGGCUACCCCGGCAGCCCUCCCCUGUCCCUGCCUCCAGGCUGGCCUGGGCAGAGAAGGGCCAGGGCCAAAGGGCGCCCCCUGUGGACCAGGUUCUGCCCCCUGCUCAGCUGCACGGUGGAAAGACAGACCUGUUGUCUGUGGAGCCCAUUGUGACUGUGAGUUAGGGGGACCCGGUUGGAGGAUGAGGAUUGGAUGGGCCAGUCCUUGCUCAGCCUUCAUGGGGCCUGGCCUGGACCCUGGCCAGCCUUGCUUCAUACUGGACGCAAACACCCAUUGUGACUUCCUGCAGUGUCUGUGCCCAAGCAGAGAAGCUUGGCCCCAGUUCCCUGUGUCCCCACGGAACAGUCAUCUCAUUGAGGCUGGCCAUGUGCAUGGAGUCUCAUGGGGUGGAGAGAGGCGGGUGAGCUGAGAGAGAAUGCAAGAGCGGUACCAAGGCACUUGGGGCAGGGGAAGCAUUGGAAGAAGCAUCGGAAGAAGCAGGAACUUUCAGUAAAGCACCAAGAGGAAGUGAAAAA